AUGAGCCAGGAACAACCACGAAGGCCCGGCCAAGGUGAGGGAGAUGCGGCCAUUAGGUACGGGGACGUGUUCCCGGUGGCCGGUGAGUUGGCGGACGAGCCCGUUGCGCCACGAGACGCCGCCAUGAUGCAGUCCGCUGAGUCCACGAUUUUCGGCCAGGCGCUCAAGGGAGGCGCCGCUGCCGCAAUGGAGUCGGCCGCCGCCCGCAACGAGCAGCGCCGCGCCGUGGACCACGACCAGUUCAGCGCGCUCCCACGAGAUCAGGGGGUCACCGUCACCCAAACUGACGUCCCCGGCCAGUCCAACCUCCGACUCGUCACCGAGUUCGUCGCCGGUCAGGCCGUGCGCCAGUACGUCGUCGGCGUGGAAGGUCAGCGAGGCGGAAAUAAAGAAGGAGAGAGGGAUGCUGAUGUCCGUGGCGGCGUGGCAACGUGGACUGACAAGGUAACAAUUGGGGAGGCACUGGAGGCGACGGGAAGAACUGCAGGAAAUAGGCCGGUCGAGCCCAGCGACGCCGCCGCCAUCCAGGCCGCUGAGGCGUCCUCGACAGGCGUGCCGGGGGUCAUUCCCGGCGGCGUCGCGGCAGCUGCCCAGGCGGCGGUUAUCUCGAACGCCUGGAUUGAUAGAGAGGAGAACAAGACUAAAUUGGGCGACGUGCUUGCGAACGCGACGGAGAGGAUUGCGGCGGACAAGGAGGCGACGAGGCAAUACGCGGAGAGGGUGGUGAGGGCGGAGAUAAGGAACAACCCUGACUUGGAGACACGCAACGGCGGAGUAGCCAACACGGUGGCGGCGGCGGCGAGAUUAAAUGAGCGUACAACUUAA